AUGAGCAGACCUCUCCCUAUUGAUAGUUUGCUAGCUGGGAUCAGAAAGCAAAAGAAUGCUGGGAAUAAGCAGGAAACAAAUUUAGAGUCGCCUAAAUACCUCACCAAGACGCAAAGAGAACGACUACUAAAGGAUCUGAAAGACACCAAGGACAGUAAAGAACCAAGUUCUGUGCAAGUUAAGCCAAUACUCAAGAAUACUAGGCAACCGAAUGAAUAUAAAGCUGAUUUGAACAAACAGCAUAGGAAUGCCAAUAAAACACUGCCAUUCGAUCAUGCUCCAGAAGAUGAACAGGAAGAUACUUUUGCAAACUACACUCCGAUCGUAACUUCAUCUAAGUUAAAGCAACUAACAUCGGCUGCUAGGAGUAAAGAUGACAUAGAACUCCAGUAUAUGGGGAAGCAUUGGACUGAAAAAUCAUUAUCUGAAAUGACAGACAGAGAUUGGAGGAUCCUAAGGGAAGAUUUUCAUAUUCAUAUAACUAACGGUAAUUCCAAAUCAGUUUUAAAUCCUUUGAGAAAUUGGGAAGAGCUUGACCUUAUCCCCAAGAAAUUAACAAAUAUUCUACAGCGGGACUUGAAAUUUGACUUCCCAACACCUGUGCAAAGAAUCACAAUCCCAAAUAUUGUAAAAGGAAACAGAGACUUUGUGGGAGUAGCAUCCACUGGUUCAGGUAAAACAUUGGCCUUUGUGCUACCCAUGCUGACCCAACUCCUAACUAAUGGGGUGCCUCCAAUAGCAUUGAAGAAAAUGAAUGGACCUAUAGGUUUGGUACUAGUGCCAACAAGAGAAUUAGCUCAACAAAUUCAACUGGAGGCAGAAAAGGUAGUAAAUCUAAUACGUGAAGAAUACCCAAUUAAAAUUGAGUCUAUUGUUGGGGGUCAUUCAUUAGAAGAAAUCUCAAGUAAUUUGAACGAAGGUUGUGAUAUCCUUAUAGCUACACCAGGUAAAUUGAUUGAAUGUCUAGAGAAUCAUUUAUUGGUUAUUUCAAACUUAAGUUAUUUGGUACUGGAUGAAGCUGAUAAAAUGAUAGAUUUAGGAUUUGAAGAUCAACUAAAGACAAUUCUUAAUAAUUUAGAAGUGAAUAACAGCAAUGUAUCAUCACUUUACAGAACACUGAUGUUUACUGCUACCUUGUCAAGUCCUCUUGAGAAGAUUGCAAGUGGAUAUUUAAGAAAUCCUAUAUAUGCAUCGAUUAAGGCGGAAGGGGCAGAUGCAAUGCCUCAAAUCCAGCAAGUUGUGCAAUACUGUCCGACUGAUGAUCAAAAAUUUAAAGCCAUCGAAUCAAUACUGAGGGAGAAAAAUACUAUGGAUAACCCACGUGUAAUUAUCUUCAUAAAUUAUAAGGCAACCGCUGACUGGUUGGCAAAUAAGUUCGCUAGUACAAAGUAUAAGGUUACAAUAUUACAUGGUUCUAAAUCUCAGGAACAGAGAGAGCAUUCCAUUCAAUUAUUAAGAUCAGGGAAGAUUCAAAUUCUUAUUGCUACCAAUGUUGCUGCAAGAGGUUUAGAUAUUCCGAAUGUUGCUUUGGUUAUAAACUUCCAUUUUCCAAAAGAUUUUGCUGAUUAUGUUCAUAGGAUAGGGAGAACUGGUCGUGCUGGCAAUUUGGGUACCGCAGUAACGUUGAUCGGUGAUGAGGAAGAUCGUGAGAAUAUUAAACAAUUAUAUGAUUAUGUUAUGGACAAUAAUCCUUUAAAAAAUAAUCGAUUCCAAAAAUACGUUAAAGAUAUGUAUGAUAUUGGAAAGGAAAAGUACGACAUGAUCUUUUAUUAA